AUGCGCUACUCGCCGUUCCAGGAUGACCGUGGGCGCAUGUACGAACCCAAGGACGAUAGCCGGGAUUACAUCCCAGAUGUUGCAGCGUCGGACAACGAAGAAGAUGACGGUCCCAUUCCCUCACUUCUCUCUUCAAAGCCAAGGGUUAUGGUAUCAAGCGUGUCGAUCCCACGUCGUCGGGGACAAAGUGUGGAAGUAAGGAUACCAGCGAGCAUCCCAAAGAGUGCACGAGGUGGAGCUCAAUCGGCAUCCUCGUUCAAGGCCUCUGGAAAGCAACGGGCUCCUGAAGGACGAAGGCCGAUGCCCAAUAACGCAGAAUUCAGCUCCGAUGCAACUGCGCCUACACAAGAAGAGGGUUCAGACGAGUCAGAAUCUGGAACCCAUAAUGCGCACGACAUCCAGUAUACGAUCAAUCCCCACGAGACCAGCCGGGGCACCACCGACUAUCACAUCACCUUCUCGGCCAGAGGAUUACCCACAGAAAGACGAAAAGUCGCAUUUGAACAGAUAACAAAGCAUAUGCGCAUGUGGAACAGAUGGGUGAAGGCCAAUUCUGCUGAUCGGGAGAGGGAUUAUAAGAAUAAGUUCGGCCGCUACCUGAAGGCAAAGCUGAAGUGA